AAGAAGCCCGUGCAAAGAGACUUCUUCUUUUCCCGAGUGUUUUGGUUUCCGAGGUCUCGCUUGUGCGCCAUGCUGAAGUUUUGCCGCUUCUUCUUCUCCUCCUCCUCCUCCUCCUCCUUCUCCUUCAGGAAGGAGCUGAAUGGCAAGUUUCUGCCCAUGAAAAUUAAAAACUGUAUGGAUGUUUUGCGUCUUGGUUGUUCUCAUCGCCAUUAUUCCACUGGCAGCACAGAUUUGACAAAUAGUGGAAGAACUUUUGCAGAGUUUUCUAUUUUCAAGGGGAAAGCGGCACUUUCUAUGUCUCCAAUCAUGCCCAAAUUCACCAAAAUGGAUUCUGGUAUUUCUAAAGUUGAUAAAAGAGGUGUUGUGUUGCUGAAAUUCAUGCCAGCCAUCGGUACACGGAAGUAUGAUUGGGAAAAGAGGCAGUUCUUUGCUUUAUCGGCUAUUGAAGUUGGUUCUUUGAUUAGCCUUGGACCUACUGAGUCUUGUGAAUUCUUCCAUGAUCCAUCAAUGAAAUCAAGUCUGGAAGGGCAAGUGAAGAAAACACUUACAGUUUCUCCAAUGGGAAGUGAUGGUGGAUUUUUCUUUGGUUUAAGUGUGUUGAAUGCAGCUGAGAAAAAAACUGAGCGCUUUUCUGUGCCAGUAACAAAAGCUGAGUAUGCAGUUAUCCGUGCAGCCUGUGGUUUCGUUCUUCCGCACAUCAUGGGAUGGGAUCAAGUUGUCAGACCACAUCUGGAAAGCGGCAACAUGAAUCAAGUAAAGCAGCGAGAGGUCCAACUCGAUCCAGAUUACGAGUGGGGACGGUGAAGAUGACCUGCAACCACCACCUUCUUGUGUUCUUGCUUUCCAUCUCCCAUGGCCAAGUUUGUGACACUUGCCUCUUACAGGAAUUCAGAUAUUUCUUUUCACUUUUAAGCAUCGAAACUUUGGCUGCAUUUGAUUAUGUUGUGCUUUAAGUUUCGAACCUAUUGAAUUACCUGAGAUAAUUUGUCAAUAUGGCAGCUGCACCUUUUUGUCUCAUCAUGCUGUGUUCUAGGAGUGUUUUUCUGCUAGGUCUCUAUUAAGAGAAGGAAAUGGUGUUGGUUAUCUCUGUGGGACAAAUCUUGAGCAAAUUUUUGUUGUGCUCCAUGAUACUUAAGACUUAACUAAUCUCAUUUGCUUCCUUC